AUGUGCCGCACGGACACCAAAGCCUCAGACCUGCAGUCCCGCAAGCACAAAAAGCCACAAGAUGGUGCCGACGAAGACGGCCUCCCCCGGCUACACGCCAAGUCACCAGGCACAGGAUUCGGAAACAUGCUUUUCUACAGCCACUGCCAAACUCAUGCAUGUCCUGCUCACGUCCACAGCCUGCAAGGAAACAAGCGAGGAAGCAGCACACUUCAACACACCGAACCUGGCCUAUACAGCUCCAAGCUCAACAAAAGAUCAGGGACACAUAACCUCCUAACCCCACAAAAUGGCGGCUACGGUACCAGUGCUACAAGCUCACAGUAUAUGCUCCCAAGCAACACUGGAUAUCGGGUGAGAAGACUCUCAAUAGCUGCCCCAAAGACCCCUGUCCCUCUUGGCUCAUCGCUCAUACGGUGGACUCAUGCAUUUUAA